AUGUCUCGACAGCCUGCCAACCCGGGAACAACACAAAAGGCGAAGCGGAAUACCACACAGCAACACGAGUGCCCAGCUGCCGGUGCUCUAAUAGCUGUGUGUAUAUGGGACUCAAACAACCUCGGCUACAUCUAUGAUCUUUCGACUGGGAUGGACUCAAACGACCUUAUGAGGGCCUUAUAUACUAAGACGUACCUGCUCAAAAGCCGCGAUUCUACGUUUGAUGUCGUUGAUCAGGGCACGUUAUACACUGACGGUUCGGCAUUAUACGAUAGAAUGGCAAUGGAAUCUGAGAGGAUAGAUUCCCACCAGGAUAUAUUGUCAUGA